AUGGCCCCACCAAACAAGGAAAAGCAGGCCGCCAUCCUCCAGCAAUUCCGGCAUCAGCUGGAGCAGGAGGAUCUCAUGCAUGAUGACGACACUAUCGGCACCGACGAUGCCACUCUCCUACGCUUUCUGCGCGCCCGUCAAUUCGACAUCAAGGCAGCGACUACGAUGUGGAUCAACUGUCAGCAUUGGAGGAAGACCGUAGAUGGUAUAGGAAUUGACAAACUCUACAGGCAGCUUGAUCCAUACGACUACCCCGAGCGCGACAGAGUCUUCGAAUGCUGGCCCUUGUGGUUCCAUAAAACUGACAAGAGAGGCCGACCACUGAACAUCCACCAUUUUGCUGGGAUUAACAUGCCAGAGCUGUACAAGCAUGUCACUCCCGAGAAGUUCUGGCAAACGAUCGUUGUCAACGCGGAAUCACUCACUCGAGAGGUGCUCCCUGCGUCCGCGCGGGCUGCCGGCCGGCAGAUCGAUGGGACAUUUGUCAUCGUGGACUUGCGAGGCUUUGGCAUUGGUCAAUUCUGGCAGAUGAAGAAUCUCGCGCGCAACUCGUUCCAAAUCUCCCAGGACUACUUCCCUGAGACGAUGGCGCAGCUCGCCAUUAUCAACGCGCCUGCGUCCUUCACGACGAUUUGGUCAUUUAUCAAGCCAUGGCUCGCGAAGGAGACUCUUGCGAAAAUCGACAUCCUCGGUUCAAAUUAUAAGGAAGUACUUUUGAAGCAAAUUCCAGAGGAGAAUUUGCCCACCAGUCUCGGCGGGACAUGCACAUGCGACGAGUUAGGUGGUUGCAAGCUCAGCAAUGCAGGUCCUUGGAUGGAGAACCGGAAGGAACGAAGAGAGAAAUGGCUCAGAGGCGAGAGAAAGAGGAUGGGGCUUGGGAUGGAAGGUGAGGACGAGGACGACAGCGUCGCCGUUCAGCACGAGCUAGAAGAGGUCCGCAAACAGCAGGAUGAGGUGGCUGAGCCGAACAGGCACGUUCCUAGCCAUGAGUCCCCGAGCGAUACGAAACAGAACGCGGAAGUUGAAAUGCACACUGGCACUCGCACUGUCUAUAACAAGUCGACAGAGGUUGUGGAUGAGAGCGGAAGGACAGAAAAGAAGCUUGCCUCCGUGUCCCCAGAGAGCUCGCUAGAAAGUACGACCGGCCCGCAUACGCCCACAACCGACCGCGACUCGGCAUCUUCCUUCGAAGAUGCUCGCUCGAGCUUCACAGAGGACACUCGCUCGAAUCAUUCGGCAGAAAGCAGGGGGAGCAAGGGUCGAGGGAAAUUUAGAUUACCAAAGCUAAAGCUGGGCAAGAAGAGCCGCGAGCAAUCAGACACGGACUUGUACAAGAACCUUCCGGAAGCGAGAGAGGUACAGACGGACGACAUAGUCUCGCGGUGA